AUGACUUCCCAGGGACAAGAAGGGGGACAGGCCGAUAGCAAGGCUGGUCCGAGCAAGGAAGGCAGUUAUCUCGCUCAACCUGGGCAAACCCUUUCCCAAGAGGCUUCGUCGGAGGAAGAGGUUCCUCCCAGAGCUUCCCGCAAGUUGACCAAAACCAGCUGCCUGACCUGCCGCAAGAGACGCAUCAAGUGCGGCGAAGAGCGGCCGACCUGUGCCAACUGUAUCAAGUCCAAACGCCAAUGCGAAGGCUAUAGCCCGCGC